UUUUGUUGAUUGCACUUGUAUGUAUGUUGCUGUUGACGCUUUAUUAAAGCUUCAGGUGGAAAUGGCAGUCACUCGUGCAGCAGGUGUUUUCUCCAAGUUUGCAACAGGCAAAUACCCAUUAUUGUCAGGUCAUGCCAGACGGGUCCUCUCUGUAUCAUCACAUUUGGCAGCUUAUAAACACAUCAGCUUCGAGUACAAGGAAGAUGUGGCUGUUAUACGAUUCAGUGAUCAGACAUCGAAGGUGAACAAACAGUCUCUGCAGUUGCAUGAGUUGGCUGACGUGUUGGGAGACAUCUGGCUUUAUAGAUCUUCAAAAAGUGUCGUCCUCAUUUCAGGCAAACCCGGCUGUUUCCUUGCUGGAGCAGAUAGCAAUAUGCUCCAGUCCUGUACAACAAGUGAGGAGGUCACCAGUCUCUGUGAGGAAGCUCAGAAGUUGUUUAGGAGAAUCGAGCAGUCUCGUGUCCCCAUUGUCGCCGCUAUCCAUGGCUCAUGCCUGAGUCGAGGCCUUGAGCUUGCAACAGCCUGCCACUACAGAAUUGCCACGAAGAGUAAAGAAACAGUCCUGGGGACUCCGGAGGUCAUGCUGGGACUGCUGCCUGGAGCAGGUGGCACUCAGAGACUACCUAAAAUGGUGGGUCUCCUGGGAGCUUUUGACAUGCUGCUGUCAGGCAAGAACAUCACAGCAGACGAAGCCAAGAAGAUGGGUCUAGUGGACCAGCUUGUGGACCCUCUGGGUCCUGGUCUGAAGUCUCCAGAGGAACGAACGAUGGAAUACCUUGAGGAAGUUGCAGUGGGUGUUGCCAAUGACUUGGCCAACAAAAAGAUUCCCCUUACUAGGGAAAAAAGCUUUAGACUGAAGCUGUGGGACGCAGUCAUGGGCCUGGGUCCAGUGAGGAAGAUGAUGUACAGCACUAUCACUAAAAGAGUCCAGAAACAAACUAAAAACCUCUACCCUGCUCCUUUCCAGAUUAUUGAGUGUGUUAAAACUGGCAUAGAGCAGGGCAGUGACGCAGGUUAUCUGGCAGAAGCGCAGAGCUUUGGUAAGCUGGUGAUGACUUCUGAAUCCAAAGCUCUGAUUGGACUUCACAAUGGCUGUUUGUUGUGUAAGAAGAACCGAUUUGGUCCCCCAGAAAAGGAAGUAAAAAAGCUGGCCAUCCUGGGUGCAGGGCUAAUGGGAGCAGGUAUAGCACAGGUAUCAGUAGAUAAAGGCUUCACCACCAUCCUAAAGGACACCACAGAGGAUGCCAUCAGCAAAGGAUAUGAAAAGGUUUAUAAAAGUUUCGACACCAAGGUGAAGAAGAAAGCCAUGAUAUCAUUUGAGCGUGACGCCAUUAUGUCUAAUCUGUCGAUUCAGACGGAUUACUCUGGUUUUGAGUCUGCUGACAUGGUGAUAGAGGCUGUGUUUGAAGACCUCAACGUUAAACAUAAAGUCCUCAAGGAGGUGGAGGCAGUUACACCACCACACUGCAUAUUUGCGACCAACACCUCAGCUCUGCCCAUCAGAGACAUCGCUGCUGCCAGCAAACGCCCUGAAAAAGUGAUUGGCAUACACUAUUUCUCCCCAGUGGACAAGAUGCAACUGGUGGAGAUUAUCACCACAGAUAAAACAUCUAAGGACACGCUGGCUGCAGCUGUCAGCGUGGCCCUGAAACAGGGAAAGAUUGUCGUCACUGUCAAGGAUGGUCCGGGCUUUUACACCAUGCGCUGCAUGGGUUCCUUGUUUAUGGAGUCUCUGAGACUUCUUCAGGAAGGUGUGACGGCAACAAAGAGCGAUUUCCUGGCAACAAGCUUUGGUUUUAAUGUCGGACCUUUCGCAGUCACUGAUGAAGUCGGUGUUGACAUAGGAUUACAUAUUUCAGAGAUGCUGUGCAAAGCGUUCGGUUCCCGUUAUGAGGGAGGAAGCCUGGAGAUUGUCAAGACCAUGGUGGAAAAAGGCCUCAAAGGUUGUAAAUCUGGAAAAGGAUUCUUUCUCUAUGGAAAGACGAAGAGUGUGAAUCCUGAAGUAGAAGAAAUUCUCAAGAACCAUCAAGUGACUGCUCCCUCUGCAAUUUCUUCAGAAUACGACAUGCAGUACCGGCUGCUGUCUCGCUGCAUAAACGAGUCGUUAAUGUGUCUCCAGGAGGGAAUAAUAGCAAGCCCUCUAGAAGGAGACAUUGGAGCAGUGUUUGGAUAUGGGUUUCCUCCCAUGCACGGUGGUCCGUUCAGAUUUGUUGACACAUUUGGUGCAGAUCGCCUUGUGAGCCUCAUGAAACGUUUUGAGGAUGUUUAUGGAAACCAGUUUACACCCUGCCAGCUUCUACUAGACCACGCCAAAGACCCCAGCAAAAAGUUUUACGAAUCAUCCCCCUCCCUGCUUCAAUACUAAAAGCAACUUUGGACUAGUAGUCCCCCUUUGGUGUGUCUGAACUGUUAGGGCAGCAAAUAUGCCAGUUUGUCUGUUCUAAGUUCAAAUAAGUGAACGUUAAGGGAUUGCACUGAUAUGUCUUCUAAUAUCAAACUAAAGUAAUCAACCUAAAAUAAUCCAAGGAAAGAGUUCAGAAUAAGGAUGCUAACAGAAUGCUGUUAAAAAAUAAUUGUAUAACUACUCUAUCUGGAUUCUAUCUGGCACCAGUGUUAACUCAAACGCCCAACAACCAAAAAAAGUGAAGGUUGCAUUAAAACAUCAGGUGUCAUUCGGUUUAUUUUUUGAUCUCUCCUUUAUUUCUUCAGUGGCUUUGUAGUUACAAGAUUGCAGAGUAGAUCAGUAUUACAUGAGUGUAGUAGAUCAGAGUGAAACUCCUUUUGAAACUUGACUUCAGCUUUUGCCCUGGCUGAAACCCAUCAAAUCUGGGGAUAAUAGUAAAAAAAUUACAGGUAGCGAUUCACAACAACAUAAAUUGCAUUGUCAGUCAUCUGGAUCAUUUGGAUGAUCUUGCUUUGUGAUUGCCCUCAGUGUAGCCAGUUAUAUUACAAUGCUGUCAUAAGGAUACACCCCUAAAAUAGAACACACAGGUAAGAGCAGAGAUCUAGUUUGGGGCCGGGGGGCAUCUGCCCCUCUCUCAGCAGAUUUGUACAUUAGCAGAUUUGUUCAAUGGCUCACAAAUAUCUAAUCAACCACAUGACAGCAACUUGGUGUAUUUAUGCAUGUAAACAUGGCAAAGAUGACCUCCUGAACUUCAAAUUGAGCAUCAGAAUGUGGAGGGAAGGUGAUUAAAGUGACUCUAAAUGUGGCAUGACUUUUAGUGCCAGAUGGGCUGGUUUGGGUAUUUCAGAAACUGCUGAUCUAUCGGGAUUUUUGCCACACAACCGUCUCUAGGAUUUACAGAGUAGUAUUUUUAAAAAAAGGGGAAAAUACCUACUAAGCAGCAGUUGCCUUGUUUGGUGCCAGAGGUCCAAGAACAACCAGAAUGCUGACAGGAAACCAACAGUAACUCACGUAACAA